AUGGCUUCCGCUUCACCUGAGCAGCAUCAUAACGCCGCGACUAGCAGCGAUUCUGCUAGCGAGCCGACACGUCAUGACUCUACAAAGGCAGACCCUGCUACAACAGAGACGUUGAUACGUGCGCUCAACGACCCAACUGUUGAGCGUCCACCCAGUCACUCCCCACGACCAUCUACAAGAUCGUCAGCUAUAUCAGCUCCAUCUCAUACACCACCAAAGAAGAGGAAAAGGAGUCUACGCUCGUUCUUCAUCUACUUCCAGCUGCUCUUCUAUGCCAACCCAUCAUGGGUCGAUAUCCUCCUCCUCCUCGUCGGAACUCUCGCAGCAUCGGGGGCAGGAGCACCGUUUCCUCUUAUGGGAAUCAUCUUUGGUCAACUCGUCAACGACCUUAACACUGCGUCAUGCGAUGAUGGAGAAAUAGCCUCUCAAUAUUCGCCCAAAGAACUUCAGGACAGUAUCAACGAAAAGGUGGUCAUGAUCACAUGGAUCGGCGUGAUCAGCUUUGCGCUCAUCUAUACCUACAUCGUGUCAUGGUCAAUCUUUAGCCGUCGUCUCGAGAAUCGUAUUCGCGAUCGUUACUUUAUGUGUAUUCUCUUGCAAGACGCUACUUUCUUUGACAAGAGACAGGCCGGAGAGAUUACAUCCCGUCUCAAUGUAGACAUACAAGCUAUUCAGUCAGGAACUUCUGAGCAGGUGGGCAUCAUUCUAGGAUGCACAUCUUUCUUUGUAUCUUCGUAUGUGGUCGCCUUCAUCAAGAAUACCACACUCGCUGGGAUUCUUGUGUCACUUGUGCCUGCUUUCAUGCUUCUUGCCACAGUGGGUAGCAUGUUCACUGCAAAGUUCGCGACUGCAAUGACUGAGAAGAUCGCCUCUGCUUCUUCGAUCGCCUCAGAGGUUCUUGCGAAUAUCCCGGUUGUCCAGGCAUUUGGGGCGGGUCCGCGACUAGAGGCCAUUUUCGCUGAGAGGAUGAAGGGGGCUCGAAAGCAGGGUAUUAACAAAGCUUUCGUUGCUGCUAUUCAAGCUGGAAUGCUUUACUUCAUUGCUUACUCUGCAAAUGCCCUUGCUUUCUGGCAGGGUAGCACACAAAUUGCGAGCAUGGUUGAGGGUAAUGGCGGUGCAUCUGUCGGUGACAUUUAUACCGUCAUUCUUCUGCUGGUUGAUGCCUGUGUUGUUUUGGGCGGUAUCGCACCGCUGCUGCCCUUAGUUGGAGCUGCUGUUGGAUCGUUUGAAAAACUUCGUGAAGACAUGGACAGCCCUGCAGUCAUCGAUACUGGAUCUGACAAAGGAGAGAAGCUCUCCUCGGUCGAGGGAACUGUAUCUUUUAGGAACGUAUCAUUUGCUUAUGCCUCACGGCCCCAUCACUCCGUGCUCAAGAACGUCUCGUUUGAUUGUCCUGUUGGCAAACACACGGCGCUUAUUGGCUUGUCAGGGAGUGGCAAGUCAACUGUCGCUGGUCUUACAUCCCGAAUCUAUGACCCUCCUGAAGGCACGGUUCUCCUAGAUGGUCAUGACCUCAAAAACUUGAAUGUGAAAAGCUUGAGGAGCCAUAUGAGUCUUGUACAGCAAGAGCCAUCUCUCCUAGAUCGAUCCAUCGUUGAGAACAUAGCCCUCGGUAUUUUGAACUCCCCUCAACCUGGGCAUGAGCGAUUCAAGGCUACUAUUCUCGGCACCGGCCUUACUGAACUUGCUGCCAAGCUCCGACGGGGUGAAUAUCUUGCGACUGCAGCUCAAGGAUUUGGUCAGGACAUGAUUGACCUCGUUCAUCGUGUUCAGGAGGCUGCCCGUCUGGCGGACGCGGCUUGUUUCGUGGACAGGCUUGAGUAUGGCUACGGAACUCUUGUUGGUACAGGCGGGAAGCUUGUUAGUGGCGGCCAACGACAGCGCCUUGCACUCGCAAGAGCCCUCAUUCGCGACCCCAAGAUCCUGAUCCUCGAUGAAGCCACUGCAUCCCUUGACUCUGCAAGCGAACACCGUAUCCAGAUGGCCAUUGAAUGUAUCGCCAAAGACCGCACUGUCAUUGCCAUUGCUCACCGGUUGUCAACUAUCAAGAACGCUGAUAACAUCAUCGUCAUGAACAGCGGUGAGAUUAUCGAGCAAGGAAACCACCUUGAGCUCAUGGCCUUGAAUGGAUCGUACGCUAGUAUGGUCCGUUUGCAGACGGUCGACUCUGAAGAUGCUGGCUCAACCACGAGUACCGUCCGCACCGAUAACAUUCACUCGGAGAAGGAUUCUAUCACGGAUCUCAAAGCCAAGGACGUAGAACAAGAGGUAGCAGAAGACUCAAAGGAAGAAAUUAUCAAGGAGAAGGAGGCGGCCCCCGAGGGAGACGCUGUUCUUGAUUCCAACAAGUCCGCUUGGACUGUUAUGAGAACCCUCAGUGGAAUGGUCCGACCAUAUCUCCUUCUCAUUAUUGUCUGUCUCUUUGCUGCCACUAUUGUUGGCCUCACAUUCUCCUCCUCUGGUCUUAUCUUCGGUUAUACCAUUGACAACAUCAGCCCAUGUAAUCCUGUUGAAGACAUUCGUUGGGCUGGUAGGUUCUUCGGGGGCAUGUGGUUCCUGAUCGCUUGUGUCGAGUUGUUGGCCAAUACUACAAGUUGGACUGGCUUCGGCAUGGUUGCUGAGAAGUUGUUGUACAAGAUCCGAGUCCUUUGCUUCCGCUCCCUUUAUGAGCAAGACCUUGAUUGGCAUCAAUCAGAGGGCCGCACACCAACUGCUUUGUUAUCCGUCAUCACCACAGAUGCUGCCACAGUUGGCGGUUUCAGUGGCUCUAUCAUUGGUACAAUAUUCUCCAUUGUGGUGAACUUCUUGGUCGCUAUCAUCCUCUCACAUAUCCUUGCCUGGAAGAUUGCCAUCGUCUGUUUGGUUAUCGUCCCUAUCCUCCUUGGCUGCGGCAUAAUGCAGCUUCGAUCUCUAUCCAAGUUCGAGCGCCGGCAUGCUGGAGCAUUUUCUGGUGCAGUUGGCAUCGCUAACGAAGCCGUCAACUCGUUCAAGACAAUCUCCUCGCUGUCUAUCGAAGAAGAGAUCAUAAGCUCGUAUCGUCGGGCACUCAGAGCACCUCGAAAGGAAAUCACCCUUGCUUCCAUGUAUGCCAACUUGUGGCUUUCUCUGGCUAACAGCACGGGAAAUCUGAUCUACGCAUUUGCCUACUGGUGGGGAUCAACUCGCAUUACCGCAGGCGAGGCAAGCCAGCGAGAGUUCUUCAUCAUUCUCAUCUGCAUGCUUGUCAGUGCGCAGCUCUGGGGUCAGAUGUUCAGUCUUGCCCCCGAGGUAUCUCGUGCUAGAGCCGCCGCUUCCCGAAUUCUGAGCUUGAUCAACCUUGGAUCCUCCCAGAAUGACGCCAGGAAGGGAAAACUCACGCUCGCUAUUGAAGACACCGAGAAAGAUGUCGAAGCAUGUGCUGAAGCGCCCGUCAAGAGUCAUGAAAGCAAGGGGGCGACCAUCGUCUUUAGGGGUGUCAAAUUUUCAUAUCCAGCUCGACCUCACAUCCAGAUCCUCACAGGAAUGUCUUUUACCAUCUCUGCUGGUCAAUUCGUUGGGCUUGUCGGCCCUUCAGGUGCUGGUAAGUCCACCAUCAUGUCGCUGGUACAACGCAUGCACCGUCCUUCUAGCGGAACGAUUGAGAUCAACGGCAACGAUAUCUGUGCUCGGGAGGGCACCGAGUUCCGUAAUGAUAUUGCGGUUGUUCCUCAAGACUGUGCACUCUUCGACGGGACAAUACGAUUCAAUGUAUCGCUUGGCUCAACUCCUGAUCACGAACCAACAGAUAAGGAGAUCCAUAAAGCAUGUAAGCUGGCUAACAUCCACAAUGUAAUCAUGGAGCUACCCAACGGUUACGACACGGAAUGUGGUCCUAAUGGCUCUCGUCUUUCUGGCGGACAGCGUCAGCGUCUAGCCAUCGCCCGCGCCCUUGUGCGUAAGCCUAAGUUGCUGCUUCUUGAUGAGAGCACAAGCGCCCUCGAUGCUGAGAGUGAGCGGGCUUUGCAAGAAGGACUUGCGAGGGUGGCACGUGGUAUCACCGUGAUCGCCAUCACACAUAGGCUUCACACGGUACGCAAGGCCGAUGUCAUCUUUAUGAUUGAGGGAGGCAAGGUUGUUGAAAAGGGAAGACACGAGGAGUUGGUAGAGAGAAGUGAAACCUAUCGCACAAAUGCUCUACAGCAGAUGCUUGGUAACUGA